AUGCAGUGGAAAGCACUCUCUCUAGCACUCCUCGCUGAGCAUGUCUCCGCCCAAACGCGUAUGCCGAUGUUGCGGUUCAGUUGCUCGCAACUGGUCGUCGAAAGGCUUGAUCCUCUCGUGAACCCAGGCGUGAACCCAUCGCCUCACGUGCAUCAGAUCGUGGGAGGCAAUUCUUUCAAUGCUUCUAUGGACCCAGCGACACAUGACCUCCCUUCAGCUUCAACAUGUACUAGUUGCACUUUCUCCGAGGACUUCUCAAACUACUGGACUGCAGUUCUCUAUUUUCGAGCGCGCAACGGGACGUACAAACGUGUACCUCAGUAUGCAAGCGAAGGACUGACAGCCGAUGGUGGCAUAACGGUCUAUUACAUCGCGGCUCCGGAUGCAUCCGUUAAUGUCACCGCGUUCAAACCCGGCUUCCGCAUGCUUGUUGGUGACGCCGCGGCGACCUCCCCAGGAACGGCACGUAAGGUGUGCCAUCGCUGCAUGCCAGCAACGGGGGAUAACAGCAACCUCAACUGCGCAGCUCCAGAUACCCAGACCCUGCCCACGGGGUUUUGUGCGGGCGGCAUCCGAUCUGUCAUCACUUUUCCCACGUGCUGGGAUGGGAAGAACACGGACAGCCUGGACCACAUGAGCCACGUUGCAUACCCAAGCUCAGCGGCGUCGCAAACAGGUGUCGGUGCAGAGGGUACUUGCCCAACAACCCAUCCCGUUAAGAUACCUCAGGUCAUGUAUGAAGUUAUGUGGGAUACGCGACCGUUCAAUAACAAGGAUCUGUGGCCUGAGGAUGGUUCACAACCAUUCGUCUGGAGCACUGGUGACAAGGACGGCUACUCCCAACACGGAGACUACGUCUUCGGCUGGAAGGAUGAUUCCCUUCAACGUGCCAUGAACCUCCGAUGUGAUGGCGACACCUGCAGCGGAUUGGCAAGUCAGUCCUCAGAGGAGGCGAUGAAAUGUACCAAGCCGCGUGCCGUCGAUGAAGACGUUGACGGCUGGUUUACUGAGAUCCCGGGUGCGGCCAUGACUUCUUAG